GCACCCUACCUGCUCCCUCUUACUCUCAGUCAGGUCAGUCCAAAUCUCCCCUUUUCAUUUCAUUUCUCAUCACUCACUAUGGCCCCCGCCGUCACUCUUGUUGGCCCACCUGAGAUCUACACUCUCAAAUCAACUCCAACUACUCAAACCACCGUCACCACCACCGCCGAUGCUGCUGCUGCUGCUUCUGCUCCCACUGGCAACGCCUUCAUUGACCAAAUGGUGGCCAAUUUCAAUUCCUUUUCGACCAUUGAAAAUCCACCAAUGGGAUUAACAGAGAACAUGUCACCAACAUUUAUCUCUACUGGUAACCCCUGUCUUGACUUUUUCUUCCAUAUUGUUCCUGACACUCCCUCUCAAAGACUCGUUGAGACACUCCAACUAGCUUGGUCGCAAAAUCCACUAACCGCCCUCAAACUCGUCUGUAACCUCCGUGGUGUCCGCGGUACCGGCAAGUCUGAUCGUGAAGGAUUCUACGCUGCUGCUCUCUGGUUUCAUCAACAUCACCCCAAAACCCUAGCUUCCAAUGUUCCUUCCCUUGCUGACUUUGGUUAUUUCAAAGAUCUCCCUGAAAUCCUUUACCGUCUUCUAGAAGGUUCUUCAAUUCGCAAAACACGGAAAGAAGAGUGGAAGAACCAAAGGAAAUUGGGAUCCAAAAACAAAAACAACAAGCUUUCAUCCUCAUCAACCCCUUUUGGUGUUAGAAAAACAAAUAAAAAACAGAGCCACAACAAAAAUGACAACAAAGAGUGGAAAGGAACAGAGAAAGACUCUUUGAUGACUGAAGAGGUGCUGGCCAGAGCUAAGGCUCAGAAAGAAACUGCUCACGCUUUGAAGGAAGAGAAGAGGAUUGCUUUGGCUAAGAAGCUUGUUGAACGUUACACUACCGACCCCAAUUUUAAGUUACUUCAUGAUUCUAUCUCUGAUCAUUUUGCUGAUUGCUUGAAGAAAGAUCUUCAGUUUUUGAAAUCUGGGUCGCCCACAAAAAUCAGUCUUGCUGCUAAAUGGUGCCCGUCCAUUGACUCUUCCUUUGAUAGGUCAACACUUCUGUGUGAGAGCAUUGCAAAGAGGGUCUUUCCUAGGGAGGAGUAUGAAGGUGUGGAGGAGGCUCAUUAUGCUUAUAGGGUUCGUGAUCGGUUGAGGAAGGAUGUGUUGGUGCCAUUGAGGAAGGUGCUGGAGUUGCCUGAGAUUUUCAUUGGUGCUAAUCAAUGGAAUUUGAUCCCUUACAAUAGGGUUGCUUCUGUUGCAAUGAAGUUUUAUACGGAGAAGUUUUUAAAGCAUGAUAAAGAGAGGUUUGAGAAGUACUUGGAGGAUGUGAAAGCAGGGAAGACUACCAUCGCGGCUGGUGCUUUACUUCCCCAUGAGAUUAUAGGGUCUUUGGGAGAUGGAGAUGGUGGUGAAGUUGCAGAGUUGCAGUGGAAGAGAAUCGUUGAUGAUUUGCUCAAGAAAGGAAAGAUGAGCAAUUGUCUUGCUGUGUGUGAUGUGUCUGGGAGUAUGAGUGGGAUCCCCAUGGAGGUGUCUGUGGCAUUAGGAUUGUUGGUGUCUGAAUUGAAUGACGAACCUUGGAAAGGGAAGGUUAUUACUUUCAGUGCCGAGCCUCAGCUUCAUUUGAUUCAGGGGGAUGAUCUGAAGUCCAAGACAGAGUUUGUGAGGAACAUGGAUUGGGGGAUGAACACUGAUUUCCAGAAGGUGUUUGAUCGCAUAUUGGAUGUGGCUGUCAAUGGGAAUCUCAAGGAGGAACAGAUGAUUAAGAGGAUCUUUGUAUUCAGUGACAUGGAGUUUGAUGAAGCUUCUGCAAACUCUUGGGAGACAGAUUACCAAGCAAUUACUAGGAAGUACAGAGAGAAAGGGUAUGGUUCGUCUGUGCCUCAGAUAGUGUUCUGGAAUUUGAGAGACUCGAAGGCCACCCCAGUGCCGGCCACUCAGAAAGGAGUGGCGCUCGUAAGUGGAUUUUCUAAGAAUCUGCUGACAUUGUUCUUGGAUAAUGAAGGUGAUAUAAGCCCUGUAGAAGCCAUGGAAGCUGCCAUUGCCGGCCCUGAGUAUCAGAAACUAGUUGUGUUGGAUUGAUUUCCUUCUAUAUUAGUGUUUUACUAAGUGCAACAACUUUAGCAAUUAAUCAAUGUUCCUGUAACUUUUUAUCUGUUGGAGUAUCAAGUGAGUGUAAGGAAUUUUAAAUUUAAUGAAAUUGGGCUAAACUUACAUGCA